CGCUCCACCUUCGGUGAGAAGAAGUCAAAUCACCUCGAGACGGUCGGUGGAGUGACAAGAUGGCGGAGUGAGUGGGUUGCUCUUUGGAAGGAAGAAGCGACUCGUUUAAUUCAUAAAAAUAUUAAUCGAAGAGGGAAGAUUAAGUUUAGUUCGUGGGUAACAUCGGACUUUCGACAAACAAAGGGAAGGCAUCGCCCCUCACACCGAGGUGGUUCAUGAAGGAAGAGUCGUUGUCGAAUUGCGAAUUGCAGUUCUGCUGGUGUCCUUUCGAUUUCUCGCUAGCAGGCUAGCUAGCUGGCUAUCUUGAAACUGGAAAUACUGGACUUCUGACAAAGCCAUCCGUUUGGAGCAUUUUCAGGGAACCUUGAUGUUUUGCUCGAUUUUGACGGACUAUUACAAAUAUAAAUGAUAUUAAUGUUUUGUGUUUCUAGAAAUAGUUGGCUAGUUACUCGGUAACAAAUAUAGAACUGGCUAGCUAGGUCGUUUGCUAACGCUAGCUAGCUACAUUGUUUCAAGUGAGAGUCGUCCACGACAAACAAGGACUGAAUGUUCUGAUUACCGAAAGGCCUAAGGGAAGCACCGGUUCAGUCCCAUAAUAACAAAAUUUUAAACUGAUCGAGUGUUGCUCGUGACUCGAGGACAUGGCAAGCAGCAGCGGCUCUAAAGCCGAAUUCAUAGUCGGUGGGAAAUACAAGCUUGUUCGGAAAAUCGGAUCUGGAUCGUUUGGUGACAUAUACCUGGCAAUCAAUAUUACAAAUGGAGAGGAGGUAGCAGUAAAGUUGGAAUCCCAGAAGGCCAGACACCCACAGCUGUUAUAUGAAAGCAAAUUGUAUAAAAUACUUCAAGGUGGUGUCGGAAUUCCACACAUCAGGUGGUAUGGGCAAGAAAAGGACUACAAUGUCCUAGUGAUGGACCUGCUGGGGCCCAGCCUGGAGGAUCUCUUCAACUUCUGCUCCCGCAGGUUCACAAUGAAAACUGUUCUAAUGCUCGCAGAUCAGAUGAUCAGCAGAAUUGAAUAUGUGCACACAAAAAACUUCAUCCACAGAGAUAUCAAGCCAGACAACUUUUUAAUGGGCAUCGGCCGCCACUGUAAUAAGUGUUUAGAAACUCCAGUGGGGAAGAGGAAAAGAAGCUUGGCUGUUAGUUCUUCUCAGGACCCAUCUUUCUCAGGAUUAAACCAGUUGUUCCUCAUCGACUUUGGUUUGGCCAAAAAAUACCGCGACAACCGGACGCGACAGCACAUACCCUACAGAGAAGACAAAAAUCUCACAGGCACAGCUCGUUAUGCCAGCAUCAACGCACAUCUGGGCAUUGAGCAGAGUCGCCGAGAUGACAUGGAGUCGCUAGGAUAUGUGCUGAUGUACUUCAACAGAACCAGCCUGCCCUGGCAGGGACUGAAGGCUGCCACAAAGAAACAGAAGUACGAGAAGAUUAGCGAGAAAAAGAUGUCAACCCCUGUGGAGGUGUUGUGUAAGGGUUUCCCAGCAGAAUUUGCCAUGUACCUGAACUACUGCCGUGGGCUGCGGUUCGAGGAGGCGCCGGACUACAUGUACCUGCGUCAGCUCUUCCGCAUUCUCUUCAGGACUCUGAACCACCAGUAUGACUACACAUUCGACUGGACCAUGCUGAAGCAGAAAGCGGCCCAGCAGGCAGCGUCCUCAGGGGGACAGGGGCAGCAGGCACAAACCCCCACAGGCAAGCAAACUGACAAACCCAAGAGUAACAUGAAAGGUUUCUGAGCAUUAAGACAAUGUAUUGAAGCAGAGCAGAGAGGUCGUAGCAGGAUUUGCCUUCCAAUCACACCCCGGCAUCUAGGAUCAAAUUCACCAGACCCUGCCAGGCAUUGUGGGCAACCCUUUCCUGUUAAAAUGAACAUUGUUGUUCCAUAUACUAUAUAUGUAAUCGGUAUAUAUAGAUAACAUGCUCAGCAUAUAUCUAUAUAUUGGUAUGUAUAUACUAUAUUCACACAGAGAGAGCAGGCUUGGUAUGGAGUUCAAAGCUGUAGCCUUUUCUAUUGUCCUGUCCCUGAAGACUUCUUUUUUUCUUGUGUUUUAUCAAAACUUGCAAAGGAAAAAAACUUAGAAAAUGGUUGACUCACAGAGGAUAUAAUUGUGCACAUGCCAAUGUUUUCCCCGAGCUCUCUCCUUCAGGAUGCGGCUGGUGGGAGGCGGAAGCGGGGCUUUCCUCACCUGUCAGCUGCACAUCACGGCGCCCCCCUUCCCCCGUAGUCACGCCGUGUGGCUCCACCCAACACUUAUACAUCUGAGAUUUAAUUUUUCUUCCUUAAUUCUUUUUUUUUUUUCUACAUCCUCAAGUAAAAUGAGAACAUGUAAACUUAAACCUGUUUCUGUCACAAAUGAAUCCUGGGUAUUACUAAGCAAAACAUUGGGUUUCUGUUUUCUUAAUUAAAAAAGGUAAUUAAAUUUUGCCUGCUGAUAUGUGCUAGAAAAGCUUCUAAUGUGAAGAAAAAAAAUUCUAGUGACUACUAGGUUUCUCUUUAGAACGCUGCAUUAACUAUAUUGUACUUGGUAUUCUGAAGUCUAAAAAAGAAAAAAGAAUAAAAAAAUAAACUCCACAAAAGGAUAUUCAUUACAAAUUAGGCAUCUCAACUAAACCUGUAUGUUAAUUGCUUAGAUGAAAAUUGUAUGCAUUGAUAUUCUUUUCUCCCCUGUCAUUUGGAAGUAUGGGUGUUUAAUUGAUGCGCAUAACCAUCCUCCUGUUCAUUUGAUUUGCAACAAUGGCCUCCAUAUUCUGUUUUGAGACACUGAUGUGCUCACGUCACCCCUACCCGUUAUCAUUUUUAUAUGCAUAUAUAUACACUUUUUUAUCAGAGGAAAAAUUACUUUUUCAGUUUUAUAGAGUUGUCUUUCCCUGUUUUGAAUUGAUCAUUUGGGGAAAGGGUGUUUUUGUUGCUUCUUCCUGCAGUGAAGCAGAUCCUCUUGUAAAAUAUCUCUGGGACUUUCUCUGCUAAACUAAAUUUGUUUUCUCUCGCUGCUGUUUAGAGUAGCGACCUUUUGCUCUUUUCUGUUAGUCUUUUUUUUUUAUUGCAAGAAAAAGUUGAGGGUUUCUUUUCUAUAUAUUUUGGGGAUCUUGCAAAAGAAGGAAGAUCCAUUUUGAGUUUCUCAGCCUUUAGUCACAACCAGAUGCACACUUGGCUGUCUUCUUUUUCUCCUUAUUACCCCCCUGACCCAGCUUAAGGCAUCUACUGCUGGACAUUCUAUAAAAGUGUAAUUUAUUCCCUUUUAGCAUGUCAGAAUAAAUUAAAAAUGACUUCUCAGAA